AUGACCGACGUCCUGCCUCAGCCCGACUGCAGCCUGAAGGCGGUGUGCGAGCCCCUGCAGCGGUGCUGCCUCGAUGGGCUGGAGGAGCCGGGCGGCAAGCGGCCCCCCAACACGGGCGCCCGGCUCUGGGGCCGCGUGCGCAGCAGGCUGCUACGCCAGAAGGUGCUAGGGGGGCUGGAGGGACUCGAGGUGGUGGGCUCGAGGGACCGAGGGAGGGCUGGGGGCCGCUGUCUCUGCCUCUACCUCUGCCGUUCGAGCUCCUGUCUGCUCCGUGGAGUCCUGGGACAGAGAUUGGUCUGUCUGGUGAGCAGUUACCGACCAGCAGCAGGGACAGCUCUGGCCUGUCUCUGGGCUGCCACCUCUCCCUCACAUGCGUUCUCUCUCUCUUUUUCUCUGCAGUUGGACCCACAAACUGUAGAGACCAAGAACUGGCACACGGAUGUGAUUGAGAUGAAUGGGAUCAAGGUGGAAUUCUCCAUGAAGUUCACCAGCCGAGAUAUGAGCCUAAAGAGGACCCCGUCCAAAAAGCAGACCGGUGUCUUCGGUGUGAAGAUCAGCGUGGUGACUAAGCGGGAGCGCUCCAAGGUACCCUACAUCGUCCGGCAGUGUGUGGAAGAGGUGGAAAAAAGGGGCAUUGAGGAGGUUGGCAUCUACCGGAUAUCAGGGGUGGCCACGGACAUCCAGGCGCUGAAGGCUGUCUUUGAUGCCAAUAACAAGGACAUCCUUCUGAUGCUGAGUGACAUGGACAUCAAUGCCAUUGCUGGUACCCUCAAGCUGUACUUCCGGGAACUGCCUGAGCCCCUCCUCACAGACCGACUUUACCCAGCCUUCAUGGAGGGCAUCGCCCUGUCAGACCCUGCUGCCAAGGAAAACUGCAUGAUGCACCUCCUCCGCUCCCUGCCCGACCCCAACCUCAUCACCUUCCUCUUCCUGCUGGAACACUUGAAAAGGGUUGCUGAGAAGGAGCCCGUCAACAAAAUGUCACUUCACAACCUGGCUACCGUAUUUGGCCCCACGUUACUAAGACCCUCAGAAGUGGAGAGCAAAGCACACCUCACGUCAGCUGCAGACAUCUGGUCCCAUGAUGUCAUGGCACAGGUCCAGGUCCUCCUCUACUACCUGCAGCACCCCCCCAUUUCCUUCGCAGAACUGAAGCGGAACACACUGUACUUCUCCACUGAUGUGUAGCCCGAGGCGGGGGCGGCUGUGGGGGGUGGCCAGGGCCAGCCUCUCCAGCUGGGGGCCCAACUGACUUGAAAGACUGCAAUAGAAAACUCCCAAACUCAGCACUCCAGACUCCAAGGGAAGCCAACUUCCAAGAACUGGAAUAUGUGCAUCUUUUGUGCCACCUUGUACAAAGCCAGCUGACCAGCCCCCAGCCUCACCUCCGCACCCUGGGCUCCCGCCCUCCGUACCUCUAGUUGUGUCUAAUGCUCCAUGCUGUUCGGGAUUUGUUUUAUAUAUAUUUGUUCUGCAGAAAAGGUAGUGACCGACCUGGUAUGGGCACACUGACAGCCUGCUUUGUUCUCUCAUUUCCUCCAACACUUUCUUUCCUCCAGAGUCCAGUCCAAGGGCUUUUAUUUUGCGCGGUGUAACUGCUGCCAGCUUCUCCUCUCUUGGCCCUGUUCCCAGACUGCUGUCUCCUGGCAGCCCCCCCUCGUUUUUCCUCUGCGCUCUUCCUUCCAGCCUGCCUACAUGCAUGUGCAGCCUUGGUUUUCGCUCCAUCACCUUGAAAGUCCUGAAGAGGCCUGGGUGGCAGCAGCAGUGGGCCUGUCUGAUGCUGCCGUUUGCUGCCACCAGCCCUCUUCUUCCUCUCCGCCUGUGGAAGCACACCCGCUCUUCCUUGCUGCCUGUGCAAAUGUUGGACAAGGAGACAGACUCGCACUAAUCCUCAGCUUAGCACAGAGUUGGAGAGCUGAUUUCUGGAAUUUUCCGUUUGAGAAUCUCCAUUUUUGGGGUUUAUCUAUUCUAUCUCCUGCCUACCAGUGAGGCAUCUUUGACUGUUUCUUCUACUGCUUUUCAGUUCCUUUUCCCCUGGUGUUGCUUCCUUUGAGUGUACAGACUCACAAAAAGUGACCUGCUAUCAAGAUAGCCAGAAGGUCAGGAAGGAAUCUGGGGGUGUGGGAGAGUCAGGCUGCUGAGGAAACAAGACAGGUUGAUCCGUCAGACGAGUGCCAUGCAGCACUGGGUGUCCUGUGUUGUGGGGGGAAGCAGCUUUGAGAAGCAAGGAGUUGUAGUGGCUUUUCUAACGGAGCUGAACUUCCUGGAGGGCAACUCAGAUGGCUGAAGCAGGUGUCCAGAAACAGGUCCCCUCCAGGAGGCUGGCAUCUCACGUACCUCGUGGUACCUUUGCCUUAGAUUUUACACACAUUUUCCACAGCUGAGCACUGCCACGGGGCAGCCCCACUGCCACGUGUGCUCCAGGGCCUGGAAAAGGAAGGUGCACAGCCCAGCGGUAGCCAGCCAUCAUGGUGCUGCCCCCUACCCCGUCCCGGCUUCUAGAUGCAGCCUUUUCGGUGAACUCUGGGAAACACCAGAAGUUGGGGGAGGAUGAGGGAUCACAGGCACCUGCCUCUCUUGGAACUGGGGUUUACUGGGGGCCCUCCUUGUUGUCACUCUAUUCCAGAGUAGGGGAUCAGCAGGUUCCCUCCCCAACUUUGAGACCCAUUGCUCAGGACUAGAAAGGAGUGAGAUAUAUUCCCAAAGCGCAGUUCCCACCUGAGCAGCGGCUGUUGGUCAGCGGCAGUUAGCCUGGGAGGGCAGACACUCCUAGCUACAGGGGCUUGAGCUACAGCACAGCUCCCUGGAUCUUCUGGCAGAGAGUAGAUUCUGGGCCAUCAGGAUUGGGGAAAACAGCUCCCAUUGUGUAUGCUCAGGGCUGAGUCUUAAAGAAGGGUUUGCUGGCCCUAAAGCUGUUGUGCUUGCUCAGGCAGGGCCCUUUCUCAUCCUGUUUAUAUUUGUUGCCUUCAGCAGAACGGUACACAUUCUGUGCAUGUUGGAGGAAAGAAAUGCCUAAAAGGAAAGAAAUUCUGACUACCCAGCUGCCUAAUAGCAGCUUAGCAAGAAGCCCCACUCCCUGGGACAGGAGGUGGGGAAAGGAUGCCACUUGAGCCUAAAGAUCGCAGCACCUGAACAUUCCUGAAGUAUCUGCUUGGCACUCAGGUGGUGUGUGGCAUGGACAGUUCUUGCUUGCUUCCAAAGGGAUUGACAGGAAUGAGUUAGGGCCUAACUACAGAAAGUUACAGCCAAAAAUGGGUGCUUCUGACUUCCCCAAAGCAAGGAAUGUUGCUUCUCAGCAUCAGGUAGCUACUGCACCCCCAAGCUUGCUUAGGCAGGAUAGGAGGAAGGCUGCAAAGGCCGAGAUAUGCAAAAGGUUCAUAAUAUUUAUAAUUCUACCCCCAGAGUGGGGAGGGGAGGGUGCCAGACCUGGACUAAGCUGCCACAAGGAAAAUACCUGGUGGGUUCUCCUGAGAGACAGGGACUAUGCAGCCCAGAACCCCAUCACUGUGCCCAGCAGGGUGGGCUGUGCCAACAUGAGCCCAAGAGACAGGCUACAGAAAUCCCAGGUAUGCCUGUCCCUGCUGGGCAAUGGCUGAGGGUUGCCAGUUUUUGCUGAUACAGGUAAGAUGGGACCCUUCAUUAAUAUUUGACUUUAAUAAGUUGGUAAGGAUAUAUCUUUUUUUUAAUCUGUUCUGUUUCAACUUAUGUAGAUUAUUAUAAAUUGAUGUAAACCAUGUGAGAGAAAAAUGUUAAUAAAAAAAAAAUGCGAAGCCCCAACAUUUGCACAAACUCA